CCGGCCCGGCCCCCCGGCCCGUUUCGGUUUCGUUUCUUUGCCGGGGCGGGGCCGAGCAGCAGCCGGAUGGCCGAGGAGGGGGUGCUGGAGGUGGGGGCCGUGCCCCCCACCACGCAGGAGGAGCUGGUGGUCCUCUACUUCGAGAGCCGGCGGCGCUCGGGGGGCGGCCCCGUCCGGAGCUGCCAGCGCCUCGGCCCCCUCCUCUUCCUCACCUUCGAGGAUCCCCAGGAUGCUCAGAAUGUCCUGGCCCGUGGCAGCCACCGGCUGGGGGGGGCUGAGCUGAGGGUGCGCCCUGCCCCCCCCUGGGACCCCACCCGGCUGCUGCUGCGGGGCCCUGGCCCCCAGACUGCCCCCGAGGCGCUGGAGCCACAUCUGGAGCCGCUGCUGGGACGCCCCUGCAGCACCUUCAGCCUGGACCGGGGCCCGGGGCCCGACUGGGUGCUGCUGCACCUGCGGGACCCCAUCACCCCCCAAGAGUUUGCAGCAGCGGAGCAGCGGGCGCAGCAGUGGGAACUGGAGGGUGCCACGCUGGCCCUGCUGCGGCUGCCACAGACCACCAGUGUGCUGGUGCGGGCGGAUGCACCGGAGCUGAGCCGUGACCUGCUGGAGCUCUACUUCGAGAACUGGCGCAGCGGUGGCAGCAGUGUGCAGGCAGUGCGGCUGCUGCCAGGUGGCCAGGAAGCCAUUGUCACCUUCCAGGAGCCGGCAGUGGCAGAGCGGGUGCUGCAGAGGUCCCACCAGCUGCAGGACAUAGUGCUGGUCCUCACACCCCACUACCCCUUUCUGGAGCCACUGGAGGAGGACAUGGCGACCGCAGUGGACACAGUGACCCCACCAGACACCGCAACCCUGCCAGAUAUGGCAACCCCCGCAGACACAGCAACCCUGCCAGACACAGCCCUGGCCCCCCUGCCGGACACUGUCCCCCCAGCUCCUGCCAACCCAGAUGCCUGCCCAGAGCUGGCAGAGCCACCGGCGUUGAGGCCGGUGCUGCCAUUGGCUGCCUUCCCCAGGAGGGGUGAGGACACGGCAAGGGAUGAAGAUGUGGCCAGCCAGGGCCAGCUCCAGGAGCAGAUAGUGUCAACUUUGGCAGGUUCAGUGCAGGACGAGGUGCUGGUGCCAGCGGAGCCGGGAGCGCUGCGGUAUCUGCAGCGGCACUACCAGGACCUGCUGGCCAGCAUCCCCGAGGUCUCCUUGCUGCCACUGGAGGGGGGGGAUGUCGCUGGAUUCCGGGUCAGCGGGGAAACGGGCCAGUGCCGGGCAGCAGCUGAAUUCCUACAGAGCCUGCUGGGCACCGUGGGCUCGCAGUCGGUGACACUGCAGUUCCCAGGCAUCACCCGCUUCCUGUGGGACAAGGGCGGGCAGAGCAUCCUCCAGCAGCUGGAGAGCCGCUUCCCUUGCAUCUUCGACUUGGAGGGUGUCCGCUGGAGCCCCCUGGACCCCCAGCUGGACCUGACAAAGCUGCUCCCCCCAAGCUGCCACCUGGACACUCUGCCUGCAGCACCAUGCUCCUGGCACUGGAACCUGCAGGAUGGUGCCAACGAUGCUGAUGGUGCCAAUGAUGCUGAUGGAGAUGACUUUCGCUCCAACAUAGAGGAGAUCAAGGAGCUGCUGGCAGCCCUGCGCACUGGUGAGGCCGCUGGCGAUAUCAGUGAUGUCUUGGACAGGGAGGAAGACCGUGAUGCCAAGUCCCUUGCCACAUCUGAUGGGGAUGACAGUGAGGAGAUGCCAUUGGGCGGGCCGGGGACCGGGAUGGAUGAGGAGGCACAGAUGGUGCUGGCCAUCCAGCGCUCCAUGGACAGCACGUGGCAUGAGGAGGAGGAGCUGGCGCGUGCCACUGCGCUCUCGCUCCGCUCCUACCACCGGGAGCAGCAGGCAGCACCUAGCGUGCAGGAGGAGGAAGAUGCUGGUCUCCUGGCUGCACUGGAGGCCUCCCUGGAGGAAACUCUGCCUGUGGCAGAUACGGCACGGGUGACGCUGUUCUCCUCCUUCGAGGGGGACGUGGCGGCGGUGCCACAGGCACUGGAGCAGGCACUGGAGGGGCACCUGCAUGCAGAGGAGGUGGAGAGUGAGCGCCUGCGGGCACUGCCGGCUGCCUGCCACCGCUGCCUGACCUUCCUGCAGCGCAAGCACGCCGUGCGCCUCUGCUUGCGUGGCAGCACUGCCACACUGCAUGGCUUCGCUGAAUACACUGCCGCUGCUGCCCGUGAACUUGCCCUCCUGCUCCAGCGGCUGCCGCCGCUGGAGCAUAGACCCCCCACUGCUGUCACCACUGCUGCGUGCUGGGUGCGCUGGGACCCCUCUGGCACCGCCAUCCCCUACACCCCUGAGGCUGCCGUGCUGCUGGAGCAGGCCUGGUUGCGCCGGGAGCACCGGCUGGACCUGCUGCUGGAUGGACAGCCCUUCACCAUCGACUUUGAGCGGAUGGAGGAGUAUGACAUCGGCAAUGCCUGCACCGUGGCCAUCUCCCGCAGCAAGCCCCCGACAGAGAGCGCCCGCCACCUGCUUGGGUCAGAGGUGCUGGGCCUGGAGGAGGAGGUGAGGUUGAUGCCACUGGCUGAGGACUCAGAGGAGUUCUGUGACACCGUGCACUAUUUCUACGAGACGCUGGAGGAGCUGCACAACAAGAUCAGCAUCGUCAAGGUGGAGAAGCUGAUCCACCCACUGCUGUACAAGCAGUACCAGCUGAAGAAAGCCAGCAUGGAGAAGACCUGUGCCAGCGGCACAGUGGAGCGGGUUCUUUUCCAUGGCACGAGUGAGACCUCCAGCCGCGAGAUCUGCUUGCAUGGCUUCAACCGCAGCUUCUGUGGCAAGAACGCUGCUCUCUACGGGCUUGGCGUGUACUUCGCGGUGCAUGCAGCGGUGUCGGUGCAGGAGCAGUACUCGCCGUGCAGCACCGAUGGCAGCAAGUACAUCUUCGUGGCCAAGGUGCUGACUGGGGACUAUGUGGUGGGGGCACAGGGGCUGCGGGCCCCACCGCUUCGGGAAGGGGCUGGGGUCCCCCUGCGCUACGACAGUGUGGUGGACAAUUGCCUGCAGCCCGCCAUCUUUGUCAUCUUCAACGACACUCAGGCCUACCCUCAGUACCUCAUCACCUGCCGUCGCCACGGACCCCCGCCCUGAGCCCCAUGGCUCCCUGGCACCUGCUGUCCUGGUGCACCCCCCACCUUGCCCUGGGGGGCUCGGGGUACAGGGGGGUCCCUGCCCUGCCUGGGAAGCUCGGAGUAGGGGGUUUCCCAGCUGGGGGCUGCUUCUUGCCCCCAGCUCUCCAGCCCCUGGGGAUGAAGGGGUGCAGGAAGGCUCGGAGGUCACCAGUGCAAGAACUGAACUGGGAAUAAAGUUGGAGCAGCCUU